AUGGCCCUAACAUGGCUGACCAUAGUCAGGAUCCCCCACAGCCCCAAGUACAAGACACUCAAAGGAAGGUUAGAGGGGCUGGAUACCUCGGGAUUGGAUUCUCCCUUUGAACAAGCUCUGUUCGUCACUCAGAGAGCGAACAACUUCCAAGCCUCACCAAGGGUGCCCUCAGAUGUGCUAGUUUUCACUGCUCACUGCCUGAGGCUGGCCUUGAUGGUGUCCUAUGAAGAAGAGCUGAAGAUUAUGCCAAAAGAAUCUUUGAUGUCCCCCUUCCCCACCACCAGAAGGCUUCUCAUCAUGACCCUCUCUCCCCACCCACUCUCUCCCCACCUCCUGUUCUUGCUCCUGGGGAACUGCACCAUCUUGCUGGUCAUCACCCUGGAAGAAUCACUGCAUGCACCGAUGUACUUCCUCCUCUGCAUGUUGGCCAUUACCGACCUCAUAGGCUCCACCACAGUCCUGCCCAAGACCCUGUCCAUCUUCUGGUGUGACGAUAAAGAGAUCCACAUAGAUGCCUGCCUGCUCCAAAUGUUCUUGGUUCACUCGCUGUCAGUCAUGGAGUCCACUAUCCUGGUUGCCAUGGCCUUUGACCGCUACGUCGCCAUCUGUGAUCCACUCCGCUACAACUUGGUGCUCACCAACUCAGUCAUCAUGAAGAUCGGGUUGGCUAUCGUGGCCCGGGGCUUGGUUUUGAUUGCCCCCUUGUGCUGCCUGGCAAAGAGACUGCCGUUUUGCAGGACCAACAUCAUCGCCAACACCUACUGCAAACACAUGGAGCUGGUCAAGUUGGCCUGCUCAGGUUUCCUUGUCAGCAAGGUCUAUGGUUUGACAGUGGCCCUCUCCGUUGUGGGCCUGGACUCCAUUUUCAUUGCUCUAUCCUAUUUCAGGAUCAUCCAGACGGUCCUCCGGCUGUCAUCCCCAGAAGCUCGGGUCAAGGCCUUCGGCACUUGUAGGGCUCACAUCACAGUGAUCCUCAUGGGCUACAUCCCAGCCCUCUUCUCUUUCCUCAGUCAUCGCAUCAGCCACAACGUUGCCCCCUACAUCCAUGUCAUCAUCGGCAACCCCUACAUCCUGGUGCCCCCCGCCUUCAAUCCCAUCAUGUAUGGGAUGAAGACCAAGGAGAUCCGGAACAGGAUGCUCAACCUGUUCCUUAUGAGGAAGGGCCUCUCUUGA